CACUCUCAUUUGAAUGCAAAUCUCCAAGAGUUGAGGAGUAGGCUGACGUCAGGCAGGCUUUAGUAUACCUUUACCAUCUUGUCAACAGAGACACAUCAUGUGAGACUGGAGACAGACUGGAACUACGUCGCAUUUCACACUGGGAACCCAUUUGGACUACAUAAACAGCAGAAGGAUUGUUUUUUAACAGUUUCAGGGCCACUAUGUCGCCUUGAAAUAGGCCACAUAUCCCCUUUGCUGUUUUUAUUAUAUUUAAUUGUUUUGUUGUACAAAUCAUGUAUGUGGGAUACCUUCUGGAUAAAGAAACCGGCAUGUAUCACCAAGGGCCAGUAAGAAGAUCGAGCAUCAAUCUGCCUCCACAGAACUUUGUUUCCACGCCUCAGUACCCCGAUUUUACAGGAUACCAUCAUGUGCCAAACAUGGAUACGCACGCACAGUCCGCGGGGAGUUGGGGGCCCACUUAUGGCGCCCCACGGGAAGACUGGGGUGCAUAUAGUUUGGGACCACCUAAUACUAUUCCUACACCCAUGAACAACUCCUCUCCCGGACAGGUUCCUUACUGCUCGUCUGAGUACAGUCAUAUGCAUCCUCCAGGAUCUGCGGUGUUACAGCCGCCGCCGGACAACGUAAAUGUUGCACAACUUUCUCCUGAUAGAGAAAGGCGCAAUUCAUUCCAGUGGAUGAGUAAAACUGCGCAAUCAUCUUCUACAGGUAAAACAAGAACGAAGGAGAAAUACAGGGUAGUUUACACAGACCAUCAGAGGCUGGAGCUGGAGAAGGAGUUUCAUUUCAACAGAUACAUCACCAUCAGGAGGAAAUCUGAACUGGCUGUCAACCUCGGUCUGUCGGAGAGACAGGUGAAAAUCUGGUUUCAGAACCGCAGAGCCAAAGAGAGGAAGCUGAUCAAGAAGAAGCUGGGUCAGUCUGACGGCAGCGGGGGAUCCGUGCACAGUGACCCGGGUUCAGUGAGCCCUCUGCCGGUGCCGGGCUCUCUCAGCCCGUCAGACAUCCACAACUCUCUGUACCCUCCUCAGGGAAUGAACACCUUGCCAUCUAUCAGGAAUAUACAACAAGUGACAGUGACUCAGUAGAAGAGCUCACCCUGUGGACAGUACAUCCAACCUAACUGAGCACUCCGACACGCUGACAGGACACUUGGUCUGAACUCACGUCCUGAAGCACAAAGCUGUGGAUAAAAGAUUUGAUUUAUAGCAACGAAAAUGCUGGAGGCUCUUCAAAUAUUGCUUUUUAUAGAAUAGUUCUAAUAACUUUGGGGAUUUUAAAAGAAAAACUAAACAAAAAAUCGACGUGUUUCAAACUUCAAAGCUUUAAAUUGUUUGUGAGUUAAUAAGAUAUAAAUAUCCUUUUUUUGUAUGUGAUGAAGUGUAUGUGAAUAAAAUGAGAAUUCAGGGACAUUUUUAAUGAAGUCCUAAAGUGGACUGUUUGUAGCUGGUGCUGCUAUGACUUGACAAAUCAUUUACACAUUCAGCACAGUAUAAUCCGCUUUAGUAAAGCAGGGAGCAGCUGUUCAUGAUACGGGUAGGACGAUCGUUUGAUGGCAAAGUGUAAAUAAAAUGUUGUUUUUUUGCAGUACACCUGUCACUUUCAUUAUUUCUCAGGUUUGCAAAAGUCUUUGAAAUGCAUGUGUGCAUGUGUAGACUCUGGUAUUCCCCAGUGCAGAGAAACAGCCUGCAAGCUAUAGUUCACUAUCGGCUGCUGACAGGCCUCGAAUACACAUCAGUGCAAGUUACAAACUCAGGUAGGCCACAAAACAAGUUAAGCCUUUCAGAAAUUAACAUAUCAAAGUAAGGGUAAACAAGAAGGAUACUAUGCGUCUUUUGUGUGUAUUAAUAAUGCCCCUUGUGUAAAAAAAAAAAAAAAAAAAAUACCCCACAACAUUUAGCAUAUAUCAGAAAAAUGUUUGGACCUGUCACAAUAUUUUACUUUCCAAAGUUUCUAUACAGCAAUGGGCGCAUUGAAAGGUUAAGUUAAUUUGGACAAAAUAGUAAGGGCUUAUAUCCAAAGCGUGAAUA